AUGGAAUUCCGAGCGAAGUUUGUCGGACUUUUCCGACCGAACUUCGCUCGGAUGCCAUCACUAUCUUUUAACUGCGUUCUCGACGCCAGUCUUCAACUGCUGACCGAUUUCAAAAAGUGGAUCGCAACGAUACGAGCGCAAAAGUCUCAGUUGGAUGCACGCAUCAAUGCACUACCGCCUGAGGCACGUAACGCCUUACAGCAAAUUGAAUCGCUGCGUGCCAAAGAACGUCAAAUUAUACAAUCGUUGAAUCCGCUCGUAGCAAACCAACUAAUUGGUAUUCUUUGA